CAAUAAAACACGUUGUUAAUCCCGCUGAUGAGUGGUGUGUUAUCAUUUUUUAUUUUUCCGUUCCUCUUUGAUGUUAUAAUUGUUUUUUUUUUUCUUUUCAUCAAAUCGCUUUCUCAUCCUUCACACUCGCGCGAUCAGUCCUUGUCGUUAUCAGCGUCAUUUCGCGAAUUGCUUCCGAACCGUGCGGAAGCUGGUGAAGACUUUCUUAUUACUUUUACUUACUAUAGCCAUUACAGUAUCCUAUUGGUAGUGAAAGAAGUGCACAUUAGUGUCGAUACCAGUAACAUAUCGCGGAUGAGAUGGCCGCUUGCCUUCGAUAUCUGCCUUUCCGGUUCAUGCUGCUGCUAGCGCUGAUUACACAAUCGCAUGCUGUCUGGCGACAGUCCAGCGGUCAACCAGUUUACGCCAACCACCGGCAAGUGCAAUCUACGGAAGUCAGUUGUGACGAGUUAUUCACGAUAAAUCGUGAAAGCUACUACCAAAAGCGAUACGAGGGAACGCUGCUACUGAGAAGUGACGUCACGUUACGAGAUGUCGAGAUAGACCUUCGAUUCGAUCGGGAUGUUGAUCUUCUGGUGAACUACUUUGGAACAUCCAGAAGUACCAACAGUCGAGACUUCCACAUAUCGAAGCAGGACCAUACGUUAUUCGCUGCAGCGACCCUGAACCUUACGUUAGAAGUUAGCUUUUCGACAACUUCACAACCUUUGCUGGAGGAAGUUCGUCUGAACGGGCUGCUCCAAUGCCCCUUGAAACCAUCCCUCCGUACAAGCGCACAAACUAUUGAUACGGCUCCAGCGUACCGGUAUCCUCCGACAAGCUGGAACCUAGGUAUCAAUCAGCCAGAGUAUGGCAAGGCUGUUCCACUGGUACGAUCGACUCCAAGCGAUAGUGAUUUUUCCGCGAUGUACAUCACUACUCAAUUGCACUCAACCACGACUCGCCCGACCGUUCCGAGAAACUUCACGGACAAUCGAGAAAACCGCUUCAAUUCUUCCUGUCAGGCGAUGGGUUCGAAUAUUGUGAUCACUCCGGGCCGAUGGGACGGCAUUCUGACGCUGAAUAGCGAUGUCAAGGUGGACCAGGUUCUCAUCGAAAUUGUGUUUGAUGGGCCGAUCUAUAUACUAGGCAACUCUUUCGGUGAAGUGUACACCGAAGACAACAUUCGAUUCUCAAUUGAAAACAGCAGUCUCAUUCUGGCGGCGGAUUCUGAGGUGCAGCUGCUUUUCUUCAUUAAAUUCAACGAAAUGGGAAGAGUUCCGGAUGUUCGGGAGGUUAACUUCAAUGGAAGAGACGUUUGCCGGCAGCGACGCAGGAGAGUUCUAGCGGAAAUCGAAUCCCCGCACGGAGUUUUCGGAUCGAGACCCUCUUCGGUUACGGAUGAAACACUUAGAAGCACUACAUCUGAUCCCGAAUCGAUGGAGGAUUACGAUGAGAACGAAUGUGCCACAAUUUAUCCAUCGAACGAGCACAAAGUAUCUUCCAGGAUCAUCGGUGGGAUAUCGGCGAGAAAUGGGGAGCUUCCAUGGCAUGUGGCGAUUUUCUAUGAUGACCAAUAUCAAUGUGGAGGCAGCAUCGUAUCCCAACGGAGCAUUCUGACAGCGGCCCACUGUCUGACAAAAGAGAACAGCAACGAAACGCUGCAGUUUGACCUUCUAAAAGUUUAUAUCGGUAUCGUAGACCUGAACCUGGUGGACGACUAUUUCUAUCAUGGCGUGUCGGAUAUACUGAUCCAUCAAGACUACAAUGCCGCUCAGCACACGACGGACAUCGGAAUUCUGAAACUUAAAAAGGAUAUCAUUUUCAACAGUUUUAUAAAACCGGUUUGUCUGUACCGAAAUACGACCGACAUCAGUGCGUUUUAUUCCCGCUACGGAAAAGUUGCCGGAUGGGGAUUCAAUAGGAAUGGAGUCGUUACUAAGGUACUGAAUUAUCUGGAUAUGCCGGUGGUAUCUCAAAAGAAAUGCUCUCAAACGAACGUGCAGUACAACACAAUUCUAGCGCAAGGCGAAUCGUUUUGUGCCGGCCAUUCGGAUGGAAACUCGGUUUGCAACGGGGACAGCGGAGGAGGUCUGGUAUUCGUCGAUAACUAUCGAUACUAUCUAAGAGGGAUUGUAUCCAUAAGUGCCCAGAAGCGUAAUCAGCUCAUGUGUGACCCCAACCGGUAUUCGGUGUUUACAGAUGUUUCUAAGUUUCUUAAAUGGAUACGGAGAAAUAUAGAAUAGCUACAGUACGUAUUCCGUA